GCCUGAAGGAGAGAAGGAAAAGGAAAAGGAAAAGGAAAAGGAAAAGUCUUGGCACCUGCUUCAUCUGACCAGACAAACACAAACCUGACAAGCUUGAAGGAUGGGAGCAUCUUAUGGAAAGAAGAAGGCCUACAGCAUCGACCACGAGCCGCCGCCCAAGCAGCAGUGUGUGAAAAAUGGAAAGCACCCAAACGGCAGAGCGUCGGCGUAUGCAGACCUGCAGCAGCACCGUCCCGAGGCGGCCCACAGGAGCCCGCCGAGGAGCCCGGCCCCCGUGUCCAGCCAUGUCCCCCCGCCGGAUUACAUGGAGGGAGAGGAGGACGAUGACCUCAUCAAACCCAAAAAACUGGUUAAUCCGGUCAAAGCCUCCAAAAGCCACCAGGACCUCCACCGAGAGCUGCUCAUGAGCUACAAACGGGGCGGCGGGGUCGGCGUGGAGACGAAGCCGGAGCUGCAGAGAGUGCUGGAGGCCCGGAAGAGAGAGCAGCUGAUCAAACAGAGGAAGCAGGAGGACGAGGCCAGGAAGAAGAUCUCUCCUCUGGAGCAGGAGCUGCUCAAGAGGCACAAAAAGCUGGAGGAGCUGGAGAAGAAGCAGGAGAAAGACGAGGAGGAAACCCUGAAGGCUCCAGAGUUUGUCAAAGUCAAGGAGAACCUGAGGCGGACGUCUUUCCACGGGAAAGGAGAGAAGGAGGUGUAGGGACGAGUGGCUGAACCCGCCCCGGAGGUUGUGAGUGUGUGAGCGGACACGGCGGUCCCGGCGUGGCGCAGACUGACGUCCUGUUGAGACGCCCCACCCCCCCUUCUCCUCCCCCGCCGGCCAACAAACUACAGCUUCACCCCGAGAACCCCGGCCAGGGACCGAGUGUUGUUUGAGCUUCGGGAGCGAGUGGCGCCGCCUGCUGGCGGGACGGGGGAGCGGCGCGGAGCAGCUCCUCAUCAACCGGCACAGAUUAAAGACUCGUGCAGCUGCGAAACAUAAAAAGCGUUGAUUUUUUCCACAGGACUUCACUGCUCUCUGUAAGAGCCGACCAGUGCCUACAGCUGUGUGUCUGACAGAUGUGACAGAUGUGAUCUGCAGGAUUCCUCCAGGUCACUGGUCUCUGUGUGACACUGGAAACCAACUUCAUGUGAUCAACUCCUCCUGCUUGCUUUUUGCAUAUUCAUAGAUCUGUGCAUUUUUAAUGAGGGCAAGACUUAGAGUUACAUUUAAGGCACAAAGUGAUGCUUUUUUUUUUUUUUAAGGAAAAAAAAACUUCUAAAUAUAUAAUAUUGAUGACCAGAGAUUAUUUUUAGGCGCCGAAUAAACGACUGGAGGGCGACUUUAAAAUGUAGGUUUGCAGAUGUUGGGAAGUUGCAGGAAAAAAGUUCAGAUGCUUUUUCAGCUUUUUCUGUGAUGGAGGUCGUGGUGCAUAACAGGUGUCAGUCCAGACGGAAAAGUGACCUGACGGCUGGACCGGGCGGCUAAAAGAAUCAGUUUGCACGUCUUUAAUCGUCAGAAAAGCAAAUUGGAAGUUGUUGUGAUUUAAAUGUGCACGACAUGAUUUGAUUAGACCACCAGACUCCUCUCUGUUCCUCCUGAAGUGUCCGUCACAGCCGUACGGAGGCCACACUGGGACAAACCUUCCUGCCCUGUAUUCCUGCAGGAUCAGAGCCACAGGCGUGUCUCACUCGUGUUUCUUACCCCGUUAGAAAUCCACUAAGCUUUACUUGCUUAGUGGAUUUUAGCGACAUCUUCUGGAGAAGAGGAGGAAAAGGGCUGAAAACCAGUUUUUAUCUCACCACAUCUCGUUAGUUUUCAAGAUUGUCGACAGGCUCAGCAUUUGCACGGUGCAGCUCUCAGACAAAACUAAAUAUUUUCCGUCCACAAAGCUAAAAAGCUCUGAAGUGAACAGACCGUCUCAGUGGAGGGUUUGAGUUCCACCGUCUGUGUUCGGUGUAAUAAUUCUCCAUUUGCGGCGUUAAUCCGGCACAGAGUGUGAUAAUCCCAGGCCAGAUGGAGCUGUGGUCGAUCUAAUCUUUACCGGUGCCUUCCCCUGUGUGAUGAGGGAACUGCUGAGUCAGCUCGCUUCUCACACUCUCUGUCACUGCACGGCGAAAUCCUCCACGUUCAUUUGACUGAGAGAGCCAAACUGUGCACGCUGAGCUGUCAAUCAGAACAACCGACACUGGCAAAGCUGUGUUAUUAUCAUUAUUAUCACUAUGACUGACAUGGUGCACCGCUCAGCUGAAGACGGCAUGUCAUAUUUCAUGCAUGGCCUUUUGAAAGGCUCGGUGGUCAAACAGUAAAAUAUCAGAAAAGACUCAAAAUGUGCAUCCAGGUGCUGCAGCAGUGACUGACCGGCUGUCAAAGGUUUGUUCAGCCUUUUACAUUAAUCACAUGAAAAACAUGCAGUUAAAGGAAUACUCCAGGAAAAUCCCCUCUUCCUGAUUUUCCCAGACUCCCAUAGACUUCAAGUGUUUAUGCUAAGCUAACAGGAAAUGCUACCCAUAGGAACUGAACCAGUGGAUGUCUCAGUCUGGGGACGUCGGGAAAAAGGGGAUUUUGUCCAAAUGUUGGAGUUUUCCUUUAAAGUAUUUGUGGAUGACAAACUGAGUGGUAAAUAACAGGCGGGUAAAGUUAAGCAGUGACCUCCAGCUGGUGAUUAUCAUGAGGACAAAUCACCAAUAUAAAGACAAAUUAAUUAUACUUCAUGUAAAACACUGAUUUAGCUCCGUGUUUUUUUUUUUUUUUAACUUUAAAAGAUAUCUUUCUAUGAAGAGUUUACGUGAGGUGGAGUAUUCUGGAAAGCUGCACUUCCCCCCUGAACCCCGUCCAGACUGAAGUCUCAUGUUGCUGCUGUCACAUGGAAACUGCAGAUCUAUAGUUCACACACACACACACACACACACACACAGGCCAGGUCGCCUGCCUGCUCGGAGCGGGGCAGAGGUGACAGGCGCUCUGCUUUCCUGCUGAGUCAUGAGCACAUGAACACAUCGUGGCCAUUCAUUCAUUCAUUCAUUCACUCACUCACUCAUCUCAGAUUGUUCUCUCUCCAUCAUCAAACACAUCAUGGAGCUACGGAGGCCUGAAUGGGACAUGGAGGAGAAAAAACAUACGAAAACAGGAGAGUAAAAACAUUUUCUCUUUUUCUUUUUUUCCCUGCAUUCUCUGGAGAAACUCUGCGUCGUGUUGAGGACGUUUGGAGACGUUUGUGUGUUCAGAUGUUAAGCCAAGCCCAGUUUGAAAGCUUCACACUGAGUUUCCACAGCAGUCUGAAAACAAGGCCCAGACGUUAAAGUGGACCUGCAUCAUUUCUAAACCACAGUCAGUCCUGAUUCUUUCUGGUGGCACUUCAGGACGAGACGACCUGAGCAAAGCACAGACACAUCAGAGCAGGUUUUUUUGUUUUUAUUUCUGGACUUCUAUUUGAAACUUGAUUAUAAAGUUUAAUUCCCUGCAUAUUUUCUACCUGAUGUUAAAGGAAACAUUCACUUUUGUCGAUUCCUGAAGCCACAUAAACGUUUAUUGGUAUAACGCUAAGACAUUAUGAUCAAUUAUUUAUCUUUAACGGCAUUUAAAAAACAAAUCAACUCACUAUCUACAUAAGAGAGUAUUUUAAUAAAAUGUCAUAAUUGUAUAUAGUAGAGAUAUGCAUCGUAAAAAUAUAAACACAAGCACACUGGUAACUAGACUCGACUUUAUUUUGUUUUAUUCAUCAUUUAUUCAUAAAACCUUCUGAACCUGUGUAUAUUUUGGGUUGAUGUAUUGUCUAACACACUGGUCGGUUUCAGAUUACCGCUGAGCGAAAUUAGCAGCUAGAGAAAAAUGUAUUUCUUGAUAUGAAAAUGAAUAAAGGACUAAUCACACUACAUCUGUCUCUGGUUCUAAA